AUGAUAACGAGUGCAACUGAAGCUAGUGGAACAGUUACUAUUACAACUGUAACCCAGCAACUAUUUCGAACAAAGAUGGAUUUUAAUGAAUGUUUUAUUCAUCCAAAGUCAUUCUCUUUAGACCCUAACAUUUAUACAGAACUUGUAGAACAUUAUACAAACGAGGCUUUAUGUUUUCCUGUUAAAGUUAUGGAUUGGAUUCCUAUGGAUGGUUCAUUCUCAAAGAAUACAGAUAGUUCAAGUGCAACAUUUACAGCAGCUUAUACGCCUAUUAAUGUUAAAAGUAUUUGGGCACUAUUUAGAAAGAAAGACAACUAUUAUGUUAAUUUUGAGAACCCUAAGUUUAAAUAUCUUCAGCUUUCCAUGGGAGCUUAUGGAAAUAUGCCUGCAGAACCUGAAAAAUCAUAUGGACCUGUAUUUUAUGAAAUGGUUGCGAACGCUUGCAAUACAAACAAUGAUAUGAUUGGAUUUAAUGAAGAUGUUAUGAGGUCAUUGGUGGAUGAUGGUAGUGUGGAACAUAAAUGGGAUAGCUAUGACAAUACACAUUUCUUAUGUGGUUUUCCAACAGAAGUGGACUUUUGCUUCCAGCAAGGUCAAACAUCUACUGCUCCAAUAACAUACAAAUUGUCU